AUGUCUUACUACUACGAUAGCUACAACCCUUACAACAACCUCUCCCUUUGGGACAUCAUUGAGGCUCUUCAAAACCAAGCCUCUCAAGCCGAUGCUGCUGAAGAAGAAGCUACUGCUGCUCCUCGCGCUGCUCCCACUCCUCGUCGCCAAGGUCCUUCUCCAGCCUCUGCUCGUGCCGCUGCUGCCGCUGCCGCUGCUGCUGCUCGCCCUGUUCCAACUGUUCGCCCUGUCCCGGCUGCUGCUCGUCCUGCUCCAGCUGCUCGUCCAGUCCCAACAGCUGCCCCAGCUCCUACCCCUGCUGCUCCUGCCCCCACUCCUGCCAAGCCAGUUUCUGCUUCACCACUUGUCCUUAAGCCUGUUUCUCGUACAGAUGUUUUCCUGCCUUCAAUUGAUGUCUACGACACUCCUGAGGCCUACCGUCUGUAUGCUUCUGUCCCCGGUGCUCAGAAGGCCUCUGUUGAGGUUCACUUUAACCCUGACAGCCAUGAGCUGACCCUGGAAGGUGAAGUUCCUAUUCCUGGCCCUAUUUCUGGUGCUGCCGAGGGUAAGAUUCAUUUGCUUCUGAGCGAACGCGAGACUGGUGCCUUUGCUCGAACCUUGCACCUUCCUUCUGAACCUAAGGUUGAUGACGAGAAGAUUACUGCCAAGUUCAAUGCAGGUGUCUUGGAGAUCACUAUUCCCAAGAAGAGUGGUGAGAAGACUGCCAGAAGAAAGAUUACCAUUGAGGAUGUCGAUGAUGAGGAGCUUCUUUCUGAGGCCCAGGAGUCUGUUGAGUAA